AUGUACAAGGUCUCGCUGCAAUUUGUUCAGGUCGCUUGUGCCAUUUUUUGGUGCUUAUUCGCUGCAGGCAUCGUUUUUGGGUUCGCUGCAUUAAAACCUAUUUUGAUCGACCAGGGAGUCUACUCGGAACUUUGUUUGAGCUCCAACUUGACCGCUAAAUCUGUGGAAAAUGCUUUGACAUCUCUAAGGCUCGAGGAAAGCCAGCUCAAGCCCUGCACUGCUCAGGAUUUGAAGCUUAACAUGAUGUUCACGUUGGGAGCGGGAACCACCAAUGUGGCAGCACUUUUGGUCGGGUACGUGCUGGACGUAAAGGGACCACGGGUGUGUGGCUUUGUUGGCUCUAUUGCAUUGGCCCUUGGAGCCUUAAGUCUUGCUUGGAGCUCAAAAUUGAGCUCAUUCUUGGACCCCUACAUCACAGGCUAUGUUCUUCUUGCCAUUGGCGGGCCCUUUGUGUUCAUUUCUACUUUCCAGCUGGCCAACAGUUUCCCUAGCAGAUCCGGGACCAUUUUGGCGCUUUUAACUGGUGCAUUCGACUCCUCAUCUGCUCUUUUCUUGUUUUACAGGAUUGUUUAUCAAAGAUGGCUGCCUGACUUGACACUCAAGAAAUUCUUCACAGGGUACCUGAUUGUCCCCGUAUUUAUCUUUGUGUGUCAACUAUUCGUCAUGCCUAGCGAAUCCUACAAGACCCUUGGAGCCAUCGAAAAAAUGGAGGUAGAGGGCCUCAACAUGGAUGGAUCCCUUCCAGAAGGCGAGGAUGGAUCUCGUAUCAUCCCAGAUGCUACCGAAAGACAAUCACUUAUGUCCAACCAUUCUUCGGGCAUUCAUCCUGUCCUGUCAUCUAGCUCUCGCCGGAGGUCGAUGUGGGAAAAUUAUGUGGAGGCGAAGCUUGAGAAGAAAACUAGUGGAAUUUUCGGAGCGAUGCAUGGCCACUCAGCUUUUGAACAAAUCAAGAGUCCAUGGUUCGGAUUGAUGCUGGUCUUUGUGAUUAUCUGCAUGUUGAGAAUCAACUAUUUUGUCGCAACAGUAAGAUCGCAGGAAGAGUACCUGCUGGGCGACGCCGCCCUGGCUUUGAAAUUCAACGCCAUUUUUGAUAUCGCGCUCCCCGUUGGUGGAAUAGUUUCAAUACCUUUCAUUGGACUUGUGCUAGACAAUUGUUCUGUUAUUACAGCCAUAAUCUCUGUUGCGUCCAUCUCACUCACCAUUGGAGUUCUUGGCCUUUUCCCCUCCUUUAUUCUGAAUCUGGUCGGUGUACUAAUGCUCGUGGCAUACAGGCCUUUCUACUACACUGUGGUGUCUGACUACAGUGCCAAAGUAUUCGGUUUCGAGACGUUCGGAACAGUUUACGGUUUGCUCAUGUGUUUGUCGGGUAUUUUCAACAUGGGCCAAAGCUAUUUGGACAAGUUGACUCAUACAAGAUUCAACAUGAACCCGACCCCAGUGAACCUGAUUUUGGUGUCUUUAACGGCAUUGUCGGCGACGACACUAAUUACAUUUUUAUUCAAGGAAAGCCAAAAUCGUGACAAGAAGAUUCGGGCUUUAGAACAGAUCAUGGCUACCGAAGAGCCAGUUCAAGAAACUUCUGCUGAUGCAGAGGCUCCCUACGGAAGUAUAUAA